AUGGUGGAGGAGAGCCCAGGUUAUUGUGGCACGAUCAGUUCCGGCCGGUUCCAGUCAUUUCCUGACCGUUUCCUGCAAACUUCGAGCUGGAAACGAUCAGGAACUGAUCGGAUAUUUCCUGUGCAAUUCCGGCCGGAAUCCGGCGGCAAGGAACCUGCAGGAAUCGGCGAAAACUGUGCCGGAAUUGGCUCAGAUUUCAACGGAUGCAGUCGCCGGAAUGAUCGACCUGGAGAAAAGAUGCCUGAAGAAAAUCUAAACAUGAAUGAUGUUCAGUUAGAAGAUGACGAAGAAAUAAACGAAAUGGUGUCGACACCAACAAAACAUGUUAUUCCAAUUCAAUUAUUAGUUGAAUAUGUGGAAUUCUUAUGUAUGGACGGAGUAAAUCCAAGAAUCGACUCGUUUGUUACGCCAAUUCUAGCGAAGAAAGUGAUAGAUUUUGUAUAUCUCCUCAAAGAUGGAAGAUCAUUGUCUGGUGAAGAAACAGAUACAAUCAUUCGAAAAUGGUUAAAAAACCAGAGUAGUGAAAAGGUGACAGCGGCCUUCAACAACCGAACGAAAACGGUCAAUGAAAUUAUCGAUUUACUUCAAAAUGAUUGUCAAUUGAACGAUUUGAUCGUGAAAUAA